CGGGAAUGUUUCUUUCGGCAGAUAUUAUAUAUUUGGUUAAGGGGGUGCAUUUCUGUUGUUUAAAAGGGAGGGAAAAAGGGGUGGAUGGUUUGUUCUUGGGGUCCCUGGUGCAAUCUCAGCUCCUCAUGGGUGCUAUUUUGCAACCUCAGGCGCCUGCUAUUGGUCAGCCCCUGAUCAGAUGGUUGUAUUUCCUUGUGUCCCUCGCUGGCACCACGCCAUCUCCCUUCAGCUAAAACCCAAUCUCCGAUAUACUACUAAUAGCUAAACCACUUGGACUAUAAAACACAACAAAUCAUAAAGCCGGGAAAGGACGGCAGGCUUCUUCCAAUGAGUUCUUAUUUUGUCAACUCGACCUUCCCGGUGAGUCUGGCGGCGGGGCAGGAGCCCUUCCUGGGACAGAUCCCGCUGUAUCCCUCGGGCUACGCGGACCCUUUGAGGCACUACCCCACCACCUAUGGAGCCGCGGGCGUCCAGGAGAAGGGCUACACCUCCUCCCCUUACUACCAGCAGAGCAACGGAGCCUACAGCCGCGGCUCCGCCUGUGACUACGGGGCUGGAGGGUUCUUCAGGGAGAAGGACCCCGCCUGUGCCCCCCCGGCGCUGGACGAGGCGCCCCUCGGCCCCGAGCCGCGCACGGCGGACUGCGCGCACGGCAAAGCCGCCUUCGGAGAGAGCGAGGAGCCAAAAUGUUCCGCCCCGGUUUACCCUUGGAUGCAGCGGAUGAACUCUUGCAAUAGUUCUUCCUUCGGGCCCAGCGGCCGCCGAGGCCGUCAGACCUACACCCGCUACCAAACACUGGAGCUGGAGAAGGAAUUUCAUUUCAACCGCUACCUGACCCGGCGCCGGAGGAUCGAGAUCGCCCAUUCCCUCUGCCUGACGGAGCGGCAGAUCAAAAUCUGGUUCCAGAACCGCAGGAUGAAGUGGAAAAAAGAGAAUAAAUUGCUCAACUCCUCGCAACUGAGCGCGGAGGAGGAGGAGGAGAAAACGGCGGAGUGA